ACAUGAGGCAGUGAACUUAUUCGAUGCAGCGCCUCGUACUUCACACAGUAUCUUCUGGAGCAAAACAUUACUGCAGUCUGGAUGAUCUAAAGGAUAUGAGGGAAGCGAGCUUUACAAGGAAAGGACUUUACUUAUUAUUGCAGAAGGUGGUAUUGCAAAAGUGAACGUGCAUUCAUACACAUAAACACUUGUCCAAUCCUCAAAGACCAUAAAAAGUCAAUUGGAAAAAUGGGAAUGUAAAAAGUCACGUGCUAAAGACUGGUACUGGGUGUGGUAACACAUAUUUUCAUUACUAGCCUAGAAGUGAAAUGUGUUAAUGAAAUCUACAUCUUUAUCCAAGAAAAUAACAGCAAAGUACUUAAGGCACUUGAGCAACUAGAAACACAAGUAUUCAUCAACAUACAAUUCCUUUUGCAAAUAACAAAAGGAAACACUCCUCCCUCCCCAAAAUAAUAGACCAGAUAAAAAUAAUAGGGAACAUGACUUUGGGGUGAUGACCCCAGGGCAGAUCUUUAGGUGAUACUAAGUAGGAUCUUUCUGAGCUCUGUGGAACUGAAACGCAAGGCAGCUUUGGGAUACGUGUACACUUGCUUGGGGUCUGUCAUCAAAACCGCCCUCAUCCCACAGGCACCCCCGUGCCUGUGUAACUUCACGGUCACCUCGCGUAGAGCCAAAGCGUGCUGACAGACAUCCAGCAGCCAGCCCUGACAAACAAUUGCUGGAAAAACACCCGCUGCCCCGUCCGUUUUACCAGGCGAUUAACUCCCAAACCCAGCGGUUUGGAGCAGCCCCAACACCGGCCUCAUGCCUGCAACCGGCCGGUUACGUCGGGGCUCCUCCCGGGGGGAGGGGGGGGGGUAACGACGCCCUCAGCGACAGCCUCGCCUCAGCUCCCGCUGCCCUCAGCCGCCGGCCAGAGGGGCGUUAACGGCCGAGGCCACGCCGCGCGCGCCAACCGUUGGCACCCGCCCAACGGCCGGCCUCGCGCCCCAGCGAGGGGUGGGGGGAGCGGGCGAACGGCGGCUCGCGCAGCGCGCAGGCGCGGAGGAGGAGCGAGCGCGAGACCCGGCGUAGACGGAGGAGGGAGGAAAAGUUACCGCGAGGGCGGGGCCGCGCUCGGAGUCGCCCGCUGGGAGGGGGAGAGAGAGGAGCUGCGGGGCCGGGAGAUUCACUUGAAAGAGAAUGAGAUAAACAUGGAGUCUUCUAAACUGGAAUAUAUUUUGUGGGCCACAGUUAAAAGUAAAAAGAUGGACGGAAGUCAGAGAAGAGGAGUAUAAUGCCUUUCAAGUCAGAAAACAGGAGUAUAACGCCUGUCAAGAAUUUUCCAUUUCUGUGAUAUAUAUAACCUCGUGAUAUAAUACAACUCAUGAUUUACAGUAUACUUUAUUGAUAUCCCUGGAAGAAGAAGUCAAUUACUGUGCAACUUGCUUAAUAAGAACUUUUAUUCAAAUAACUUUCAUGUAUUUUAACCUUAAUGAAUUUUAACCUUAACUGGACACCAUAUGUUUUUUUCUUUUUUUUUGAAAGUUUCAUUUGAAAACUUUUAUGUGGUUAUAUUUUAACUGACAGACUGAUCCUGAUAGAUUGCUGACAGCUGCUCCUGGAAUAAGGACUUAAACCCCCUGAAUGGUUACUGUUACACAGGGCUGAAUGGAAUGUCAUGACUUUACAGCGAUUCUCUUAGGACCUUCUUCUUUGCCUUGCACCCAUCAUAUCCUUAAAUAUUUAAGUGUAAAUAGUGCAAUUAUAAACUCUGGAAAAUAAUGGCAUGGGUGAAAUUUUUAAGGAAACCUGGGGGUAACCUUGGAAAAGUUUAUCAGCCUGGAAGUAUAUUGUCCCUGGCCCCGACAAAAGGUUUAUUAAAUGAACCAGGACAAAACAGCUGCUUUCUAAAUAGUGCUGUUCAGGUUUUAUGGCAACUUGACAUAUUUCGACGAAGUUUGAGAGGUUUAACUGGACACGUGUGCCAGGGAGAUGCAUGCAUAUUUUGUGCUUUAAAGGCAAUAUUUUCACAAUUUCAACACAGUCGAGAAAAAGCACUCCCGUCAGAUAAUAUGAGACAUGCCCUGGCGGAAAGUUUUAAAGAUGAACAACGUUUCCAGCUCGGAUUCAUGGAUGAUGCAGCAGAAUGCUUUGAAAAUAUCCUUGAGAGGAUUCAUUUUCACCUAGUGCCAAACAGUGACACAGAUAUGUGUACUUCAAAAUCCUGUAUUUCUCAUCAGAAGUUUGCUAUGACACUGUAUGAACAGUGUGUAUGCCGCAGUUGUGGAGCAUCAUCAGACCCAUUGCCUUUUACAGAAUUUGUGCGUUACAUUUCUACCACGGCCCUGUGUAAUGAAGUAGAACGAAUGAUGGAGAGGCAUGAGCGUCUCAAGCCAGAAAUGUUUGCAGAAUUGCUGCAGGCAGCAAAUACUGCUGAUGACUACAGAAAGUGUCCUAGUAACUGUGGUCAAAAAAUAAAAAUUCGUCGUGUUCUUAUGAAUUGCCCUGAAAUUGUGACAAUUGGUUUAGUCUGGGAUUCAGAACACUCUGACCUGACAGAAGAGGUUAUGCGGAAUCUGGCAACACAACUUUAUCUUCCUGGGCUCUUCUAUAGGGUUACAGAUGAAAAUGCCAAAAAUAGUGAACUUUUUCUUGUGGGAAUGAUUUGCUACACAAGCCGACAUUACUGUGCCUUUGCCUUUCACACCAAGAGUUGCAAAUGGGUGCUGUUUGAUGAUGCUAAUGUAAAAGAGAUCGGAACAAAAUGGAAAGAUGUGGUCUCCAGGUGCAUUCGAUGUCACUUUCAGCCAUUGUUGCUAUUUUAUGCUAACCCAGAUGGCACAGCUGUAUCUCCAGAAGAUGCUCCAAAGCAGAUUAUUCACUGGUCUCCAAACAAAGCAGUAGGAGGAAAUGGGGAAGACUUAGGGUUUGAGAAGCAUUCUGCUCCUAAGUCAGACCACUUGAAAGAGAAUGGAAUUGGAGACUCUGCUAGUCAAAGGAGUAAUAAAAAACUUCAGCCAGAUAAUUCAGCCUUCAGCAGAAGCCACAUUCAGGCUAGUGGCGGUAGAGGUCCAGCUAAGUUAGUUUAUAAUGAUCAAAAGGACAGGCUAAAGGACAUAUCCAGAGAGUGUGCUCAGAAAGCUGCUGAUAUGAAAAACUUUUCAUCUUUACGAAAAGAUGCUGACAGAGGACCAAGAAAAGAGUCUGGGAGACAAAGAGAUCUAACUGGGGAAGAUCGUUCCAAUUUUAAGUCAGGAUCUCCUCCAGUUGGGAAUGGACUUAGACAAUGCACUGAUCAGCGCAUAUACAGCAGCCAGGGAAGAGGACCGUAUAAGCAUGACAGUGUACCUCACCAAGCAAAGCUUUCUGUACCGGUGCUUGGAACAAAUAAAAUGGAAGCUUUUACAGCUGGGGAGAAACCGAUGGUUAGGACCCGGACUGAUGGUGUCACUGGCUAUGAUACAGACUGCAGUCAAGACUCUAGAGACAAAGGAAGUAUCAUCAGCAGCAGAAGCAGAGGUAAAGGCUGGAAACCCAUGCGAGAGACGCUAAAUGUAGACAGCAUUUUCAGUGAGACUGAGAAGAAACAGCAUAGCCCGAAGCACAAGGCAACUCCGAACAGUAAAUCUAAACAUGAAAAAGAACGGAGCUUUAACCAUUGGCCGAAAGAGAACCAAAUCCAGAAAUGUUUAAUGACUAUAUAUGAAGAUGAAACAAAACAGGAUACAGGAAGUAGAAGCUCUUUGGAUUCAGAGGGGAAAGGCAAUGCUGAAAAAAUCAAAGGCUUUGCGGAGAGAAAAAUCCAUGGUGAUAACUGGCAGAUCCAGAGAACAGAAUCUGGUUAUGAAAGCAGUGAUCAUAUCAGCAAUGGAUCUGCAAAUCCAGACUCUCCUGUUACUGAAGGAAUCAAUCCAGCUGAGGUCAAGAACGUUAAAGAUGGCGCUUCCUGCAGUGAGCAGAACUUGUCAACCAAAAAAGCUGAAAAUGUGUUACAUUCCGUAUCCCAGCAGAACAGAAAUUUUUAUGACUUGAGGAAGGACCCCGUCAAUUCAGAAGUUAACUACAAACCUCACGUUAAUUUCCCAACAGAAUUACAUUUGCAGGUGCCCAGUCCUCCAGUAAAGAGGGCUGAAAUGCCUGAGAGUAAUAAGAAGCUUUUCCCAUCAUCAACUCUACAGCCAGUUCUUAAAGAGGUGGUGAAGUCAGAAAGUAGGAACAAGGCAAACGAACCGAAUUCUUCAGAGUGGCUUAACCCAGACAGGUUUGAGAAGAUGAAUGUAUCAGUAUAUUGUGCUGAUGGCAUACCCCACCCUUAUACAGAAAACGUCUGUGGAAGGAAGCCAGUCAACAAUGAUUUUCACUCCUCGUCCCAUCCGCAGCCUCUUCAUGCAAGAAUGUUUGUUCCCAAGAUGGGGUUUUUGGCUUCUGUGCCGCAGAACCCACUGGAAAGGCCCGUUGUGCUGCCCCCUCCCUGUGAGCAUGCCGGGCACCCAGUCCGCAGGGCGGAUGCUCUUUGGGUGCCAGAAGCAGUUUACCAAAAUCUUCCUCCCCCUUUACCUCCAAAGAAAUAUGCUCUGAAUGUUUUGCCAGGAUCAGAAAGUAAUUCAGCAGCUGAUGUAAAACUGACAGAAGCAUUGCAAAAUAACCCAUUAAGGCAAGUAGGUACACCUUUAAAGUCUGCAUCAGAAGCAAAUGUAUUUACAAACGAACAAAGGCUCAAAGAGCCAUUUCAAGGGAAUGAGUUGUUUGUUCAUAAACCGGAUUCUCCACCUAGCUUAUCAGUUAAUGACUUUUGGACAGUGUCUGAGAACUUCUUAAAGAAAGGAUCUCGUCAUAUGGGACCAAGUGCUGGCUAUGUGGAUGGCAAUGACAGCGUAUCCCUAACAACGUAUUUUUCAGUAGACAGUUGUAUGACUGACACAUACAGGAUGAAAUAUCAUCAGAGACCCAAGCUGUAUUUUACCGACAGUGGAAGCUUUCACAAAGAAAAGCAUCCAUCACCAGCUGGAGUAGAACUGAAUGCUCCCUACCAUGCUACUCAUGAGCCCAGGCAUCCUACAUCCGAGCAAAGGUACAAGGCAAAUGUAGAAGGCAUACAUUGCAGUAGAUAGAGCUAAAAAAAUAAAAAUAAAAAUCUGGAUCUGACUGUUGCAUUUCACAUAGUCUGUAAAUGGGCACAAGCCUUGAAUCUCUGUGUGUAAGUUGGUACCCAGUUGGCUGUACUUUGCCUAGGAGUUAUGACUCUGUAAAUGAAUAUGCAAAUAGGAGGUGAGCAGAGGAGAAGAGGUGCUAAACUUCCGGUUCUUUGAUUUAUUACUGUAGUUGCCUUAAUGCUUACCUCUGUUACUUGUCUCAUCUUCUACAGUUUAGGUUGAAAAUGGUCCCUUUAGGUGUAUGCAUCUUAGAGCAGUGGGAUCAACUAGAUGUUCCUGAUUUUUUUUUUUUUUUUUAAGAUUUAAAUAGUUGCAGUUUAAAAAGCGUUCCUUCAGACUGUGGUCACUACAUACUUAAACAAACAAAAGUGGUAAACGUAUUACCAUACAUAAUGCAGUAAAUAUAAUGGAACAAAAGUGGUAAACAUAUUACCAUAUAUAAUGCAGUAAAUACAACGGAGCAGUAUUUUCCUGAUAGGUAGCAGGAGGUUGUUUCUUCAGCUGACUUCUCUGAGAGUCUGUGCUUUCACAAACCUUCAAGUGUCUUUAAUACAAGUUUAUCCAGAGAUUUUCUAACUUAUUUAAAAGCCUUAAUAAUAAUUCUUUACAAACUGUUUUGUUUUGCAAGUGCUAGGUAAGAUUUUUAAAGGGAAUUCAAGUAAAUGGCAGUAAUGUUAUCCUAUUAAUAUACCUGCUCUGUUUGUACACACUUUUAAACUUACACAUUUAUGAGAUUUGUUCACCCUAUAAGCUAUAUACUUUAACUUAGUCAAAUUAAGUUUAACCACAUAAGCUACAACCUGGUAUAGGAAAAUAGGAUGCUAAUUUUAAAAUAUGGAUAUAUUAUAUAGCUAUCAAAUAUACAUUUUGGUAAGGUUUUAGAAUUACGGAAUCAUAAAACAGCCCAGGUUGGAAGGGACCUUUGAAAGAUAAUCAGGUCCAAUGUUUCUUGUGAAAUGGCAGCUUAGAUAGGAUUAUCUAGCAUCCUGUCCAAUUGAACCUUGAAAACUUCCUAUUAUUGGAGGCUUUCAGGAUGUGAUUGGACAGGGUGCUAGAUAAGUGUGUCCCUAUGGAGGUUGUUCCAGUGAUUGAUUGUUCUCACUGUUAAUAAAAUAAAUAAAUAAAUAAAUAAAAAAUCGUAGAUCAAGAUGAAGUCUUUCCUGGUGCAACUUGUUACCCAUUGCCCCUUGUCUUCUCUAUGUGGCUCCUUGUGGAGAGUGAGCCUCCAUCCUGUCUGUAGCCUCUCUUUAAGUACUUUAGGCAUAUUUGCUGUUUAUGUUCUGUUCUGAUUUAUUCUACAGUUGCACACAAAGUCAGUGUUGCUAUUUAUUGAACUUCCUAUCUUUUCAACUUGACAUUUUAAGCAAUGUUUAACAGGGAUCAGACAUAAUUUUACCGACAGUUUUUUCCCUCUUUGGAACAGUUCUACAAAUGGCUAAGUACUGUAAUAGCAGGUAAGUCUGACUGAACCUGCAGCCAUUCAGACUAAGGUGGCAUGAGAAGAAGAGGUUCCUCUCUUUCUCUGUUCUAGCACUCUGCCCUGCCGUUUUGGCAGGUCUGGCAUUUACUGUGUCUUUUGCUAACCUGACUUACUUCAGAAAUAAAGCAGAUUUAUUUGGCAUUUAUUUGGUUAGGAAGUUAAGUCAGUGCACGGAAGUAUUAAGUGACUGCUGGGGCAAAGCACAUGGACCAGUGAGGAUGGGGGAGAAAAGAAGGGUGAACAGGAUUUUACCCUUCUGGCAACCCUGAGCGUUAGAAAUGACCUCCUGCGUCUUGUGGUGUCAGAGGCAUCGGCUUAGGGUUCAGUUCCAGUCUGUUGUAACACUGCACAAUGUGUAAUUUAGAAUUAAUGUCAGGAAGUCCUGACACAAUCUGGAAAAAUUGAACCUUAUAAUUAUGUGUUACUGUUAACUUAAAAUUGGGGUGGUGCUGACGACAUCUAAACGUAAAUGCCUUUUAGUUAAGAAAAUAAUGCAAGCAGGUUAAAAAUGCAUGGUAAACACACUUGAUUGUGCUUGCACUGUUAGUCAGAGAGGCUUUUUUAAUGUUUAUAAAAUUUACGCGAGUUUUAGUGCUUCAACAAAAUGUUGAAAACUGUUUAGCGUGAUUAACCAAGUUACGCAUUUGGUUAUUCUUUAAGGUCAGUGUUUUAAACUACUUGUAACUUAUAGUAUAAAACUGGAACAUGAUGUAUGCAACAAACCAGGUGUCUUAGAUUAAUCUUAUUUUUGUCUUCUUGAUCAAAAUUUAUUGUAGCACUUGGAAAAAAAAAGAAUUCUAGAGUUUAUAGUGCAAAGAAUUAUGCAUGUUUAGGUAUGGUUGCUGGAAAACAGCAACUUGAAAUUAUCCCUUUGUAAGCAAAUCAGUGGAAUAGAGGAAAAAAGCCUUGAACAUGUAAGAACUUGGAAGAUUCCUUAUUGUAGUAUUUUUGAAAGAUUUCAAAACUUGUAAAUUAAUCUUUUCUAGUGUACCUACAGCCAUGUUACAUAAUAUACAUAGCCAGUUAAGUAAAACUGUCUUCUAAUACUUGUGUAAAAAACAAAGAUUACGUAAUUUUUAAAAAAUUUAUAAUUUUUAAAAAAAAAAAAAAAAAAAAAAAAAAAAAAAAAGUUUGCAAAAAUCUUGUAUUUGAAAUGACAGUAUUUUUAUGUAUAAAUAGCACAGCAACAACUGUGAAUGAUAACAGCUAUUUUUAAACAUGCAUAACAAUGUUCAUACUUCUGUACAAAAAGCAAUAUGAAUGCCUAUUACUGAUGCCAAUGAACUUGGUUUCCAUUAAGCACAACUGGUAAACUUAUUUUUAAAGUAACUGCAGUAAUUUAGAUGUACUUCCGUCUUAUUGCUUUGCUUGAAACAACCUUACCAGACAACUUCUUAGGUGACCCAUGUUUACCAGGUAUUUAAUAGUAAACAGACAGCUAAUUCAGGCACCUUUGUUUUUAUAUUUGACUCUGCACUCCGUGUAUGUAUGUAAUAUUUGCUAAUGAAUAUGUGAUAACUUGUUUUGACUUAUCUAGGGUGCCUAUUUAUUUUUUUAUAAAUGUCCCCUUCUGGCUAUAGAUUUGUAUAAGAGCCUAGAUGAUUUUUGUAACAGUAAAUACAUUAACAAGUCUUGUAAUUAAUAUAUUUUUCAGUCUUUAGAAUUAUUUUCUUGCAAAGUUCUGCUUGUUCAAACUAUCAGAUUAAAAACUUAAGAUGUCUUUGUCUCUGUUCUUUCUGUAUGCCACACACAAACCAAAACCCAAACCCACACCAAGACCCCCAUACCACAUUUUUAAACGAUGACGGUUAAUACUAAUGCUUGUAAGCUUUGAAGAGAAGGUGGUUGUUAUCAUAUUUGAAGUAAAAUUCAUUUUGUUAAAUACUGGCUUGUUAAUAAGCUAUUUAGCUUUCUAAAUACCUAUGAAAUGCAUAAAUCAAUUUUAAUACCAUAAUCCCAUAGAUUUGGUGACAACUGCUUGAUUAGUUAUACUUUAUAGUGCUACUCUGUUGGGGUAAGUGAAGUGAAGUUUGCUUUUAUGUGUAUAUUUAGGUACUCCAGGGGGUGUAUGAAAUAGCUUGAGCUCAAAGCAUCACAAGCCUGUACUUUGAUAGCUUUGUUUCCUGAGAUACGUAAAACUCUGUCUUUCAGACCUGGCUGAAGGGAAAAAAAUAAAUCACUACAGAAUAGCUUGAGAUUUCUUUUAACCUUCUAAAGUCAAUUCAGUCAACAUUUUUUCUCAAGUCUGCUUUACAAAAGAGAAAUGGAACAUUACAGUGAUUACAGUGCUUCCUUAGUAGGUUUUUCCCUUGAGAUUUCACUGUGAAAUCAUGUUGGGGAAAAAAACAGUAGCGAACUUGUCUCUUUAAUAGGCUCAUUUGAAAUAAAAUAAAAGUUAAAAAAACAAUUUUCCUCUGUGUGAGAAUGCAAUCAUAGUUCAGCUUUUUUCUAGCCCGAGUCAGGAGUGCUGAAACCACUUUUUCAUAGGUACUACCAACCCAUGUCAUAAAUACUACCAGGUACAGGUAUAAAGCUUUAAGCUCACUUCUGAACGCACAAACCUGAUAUAUAAUUGAACCUACUGUCAACUGAAGAAUUGUUUGUGAAAAAAAAGAAAAU